CCCAGACAGCAACACGCCCGCUGGAAACGCACGUGAACAAAGCGCUCGCCCUGGGAGCCGCCGCUCGCGGUUUCCGAGCCGCUUCCCGCUUCGCCGGGGAGUGCAGGGCGCGCACAGGGUUAAAUUAGUUCCCUCCCCGGUAGGAGGGAGACAAGGGGGAGGGGGCAGGCAGCUCCCUGUCUGCGGCUGGGUACCUUGUAGUUAGUUGUACGUUCGAAACCUGUCGCUGUCACUUGGCGAGCUGGGCAUCUCCCGUUGUGGCCGCGGGAGAAGGAGCGCUCAGAGCCCAUCGGGGCCCCCGUCUCCGCGCCAAGGCGCUGCGCCGCCUCCGCCCGGGGUGUCUGAGCAGCUGCGCCCGCCGCCGUGUCCACCCAGACCCGGGAUCAGGUUGGCGGUUCUCAACGAUGGGCAGGAGGGACCUUGGCGGUGACCCCUAAAACAAUACCAUGCCCCGGGAGCCCCGCUGCUGCCGCGCCAGCUUCUUCCCUUUCCACCUCCCCGACCCGGUCGGAUUCGGAUGAACGCACUGCGAGGAGACACGGCGGCCUCCAGAUUGCAGAUUGAGCUUAACCAAGAAGUUCAGAGUCUCAUCAACGCUGACCUGAUCUCCAGCACGAGAAGGGAGUUCUAGUUCUGCCUGCCUCGUUGGGUCCCUGUUGACCGCUGAUAACUUGGCUUCACUCAUCGCCUGUGUGGAAAAUUCUCCCUAUUGAAAUUAUUAUUAUUAUUAUUGUUAUUAUUAUUAUUAUUAUUGUUAUUUUUGCACAUGGAGGACGGUAACAAAGAAGGCAACACAGGCUGAUAAGACCAGAGACCACAGGAGAAUUCUUUAACCGCAGGCCUUCGAGACUUUUCCUCCACUUGGAGUUCUGGACUUUAACAGAACCCCGUCUAGUCAUUUUGGUUUUGCUAUAUAUAUAUAUAUUUUUUUUCUUCCUUUUUACUUUCCCCACCACCUUGUAUUUUGUUUCUGUACUUCAGAAAUGGGCCUGCAGACCACACAGUGGCCCAGCCAUGGGGCUUUUUUCCUGAAAUCUUGGCUUCUCAUUUCCCUGGGGCUCUACUCACAAGUGUCAAAAAUCUUGGCAUGCCCUAGCGUGUGCCGCUGCGAUAGGAACUUUGUCUACUGUAAUGAGCGAAGCUUGACCUCAGUGCCUCUUGGGAUCCCGGAGGGCGUAACCGUGCUCUACCUCCACAACAACCAAAUUAAUAAUGCUGGAUUUCCUGCGGAACUGCACAACGUACGGUCGGUGCACACGGUCUACCUUUAUGGCAACCAGCUGGAUGAAUUCCCCAUGAACCUUCCCAAGAACGUCAGAGUUCUCCAUUUGCAGGAAAACAACAUUCAGACCAUUUCCCGGGCUGCUCUCGCCCAGCUCUUGAAGCUCGAGGAGCUUCACCUGGAUGACAACUCGAUAUCCACAGUGGGGGUGGAAGACGGGGCCUUCCGGGAGGCGAUCAGCCUCAAACUGUUGUUUCUGUCCAAGAAUCACCUGAGCAGCGUGCCUGUGGGGCUCCCCGUGGAUUUGCAAGAGCUGCGAGUGGACGAAAAUCGAAUUGCCAUCAUAUCAGACAUGGCCUUUCAGAACCUCACGAGCUUAGAGCGUCUGAUCGUGGACGGCAACCUCCUGACCAACAAGGGCAUCGCCGACGGCACCUUCAGCCAUCUCACCAAGCUCAAGGAGUUCUCCAUUGUUCGGAAUUCCCUCUCCCACCCGCCCCCCGAUCUCCCGGGUACACACCUGAUCAGGCUCUACCUGCAGGACAACCAGAUCAACCACAUCCCUCUGACGGCCUUCUCAAACCUGCGCAAGCUGGAGCGGCUGGACAUAUCCAACAACCAGCUGCGCGUGUUGACCCAAGGGGUCUUCGAUAACCUCUCCAACCUGAAGCAGCUCACGGCUCGGAAUAACCCCUGGUUCUGCGACUGCAGCAUUAAGUGGGUCACGGAGUGGCUCAAGUACAUCCCCUCCUCUCUCAACGUGCGAGGCUUCAUGUGCCAAGGGCCUGAGCAAGUCCGGGGCAUGGCUGUCAGGGAGCUGAAUAUGAAUCUGUUGUCGUGCCCCACCACGACCCCGGGGCUGCCCGCCUUUACCCCGGCCCCGAGUACGGCGCCCCCGACGACCCAGCCCCCCACGCUGUCUGUCCCGACCCCCGGCCGGAGCCACACACCACAGACUCCCACCACAGCCAGGCUGCCCACCGUCCCGGCCUGGGAUGGCAGGGAAAGAGCCACCCCGCCGGUUUCCGAACGGAUCCAGCUGUCUGUGCAUUUCGUGAAUGACACGUCCAUUCAAGUCAGCUGGCUGUCCCUCUUCACGGUGAUGGCGUACAAACUCACGUGGGUGAAAAUGGGCCACAGCUUAGUGGGGGGCAUCGUUCAGGAACGCAUCGUGAGCGGCGAGAAGCAGCACUUGAGCCUGGUGAACCUGGAGCCCAGAUCCACCUACCGGAUUUGCCUAGUGCCCCUGGAUGCUUUUAACUACCGAGCGGUGGAAGAUACCGUUUGUUCCGAGGCCACCACGCACGCCUCCUAUUUGAACAAUGGCAGCAACACGGCCUCCAGCCACGAGCAGACGACCUCGCACAGCAUGGGCUCCCCUUUUCUGCUGGCGGGCCUGAUCGGGGGCGCCGUGAUAUUUGUGCUCGUGGUCUUGCUGAGCGUCUUUUGCUGGCACAUGCACAAAAAGGGGCGCUACACGUCCCAGAAGUGGAAGUACAACCGAGGCCGGCGGAAAGAUGACUAUUGUGAGGCCGGCACCAAGAAGGACAAUUCCAUCCUGGAGAUGACAGAGACCAGCUUUCAGAUCGUCUCCUUAAAUAACGAUCAGCUCCUUAAAGGAGAUUUCAGACUGCAGCCCAUUUACACCCCGAAUGGGGGCAUUAAUUAUACAGACUGUCAUAUCUCCAACAACAUGCGAUACUGCAACAGCAGUGUGCCAGACCUGGAGCACUGCCACACGUGACGGCCAGGGGCCCGGCGUCAGGAAGGCGGACACUAGGACUCCCGAGAACACACACGUGUGUGCACAUAGAGACACGCGAAUUACAUUUGAUAAAUGUUACCCAGAUGCAUUUGUGCAUUUGAAUACUCUGUAAUUUAUACGGUGUACUAUAUAAUGGGAUUUAAAAAAAAAAAGUGCUAUCUUUUCUAUUUCAAGUUAAUUACAAACAGUUUUGUAACUCUUUGCUUUUUAAAUCUUAAAAAAAAAAAUAGUUGCUGAAGUACUGUACAGGGUUGUACAACGAGAACCCAACGCCAAGGCAAAAGAAGGAGUGAUUCUUCCUCAUGAUGCACACUACCCAUUUUGCCGUAGAAGCUGUCAGAAUAAAUUCCCUUCUUACGGUCGGUGGUCAGAUGAGAGGGCAGAUUGCAGUGGCCUCAUCAGGGCAGGCUAAAUAAUGUGGGUAAAACAAGAAAUGGCCCAGAUACCUUCGUGCUAUUUCUGCACUUCCUGACCUGGAAGAGAAGUAUGACAUUUCGAAAUACGAGAAAGGAGGUAGUUACCCCGAUUUGACCCAGAGCAGGAAAUGUAUAGAAAGCAUCACGAGGAAGCCCGUUCCCGUAAGAUAAGUUAACCCAACUUGGCAAAACCCAGAAAUCGACACGUUUGGAAAAGAACUUCAAACCCCAGGGGUGGGGGGGUUGGCUUUCUGAUUGGGAGCUUAAAAAAAUCACUCCUCAUGCAUCCCUGGCCCUAUGCGAUAACAGAGUUAGAGACUUGAGUGUGAUUUCGGUCAUCUGCAGGGACACGUAGGAUGUUCCAGCGAGAAAACUCCCUUUACAAGUGUUACUAUUCAAAUUAUAUGUCAGGUUGAAUCACAUUCAACAGAGAUAUAUUCUAGAAUACUUUUGUAGAAGAGGCUAAUAAAAUAACGGGAAGAAUUAUAUUGAAUGGAAUUAUUUUUGAUAAUGAGACUUAUUUGGGUAGAUUCACUGAGGCUAUGUCAACAUGAUAUCUAGACCAACAAGAGAUGAGUGUUUGGAAUAUACUAAAGUUGAUAUUUGAAAACCAUUUAGACAAAAACAAGUGAUCAGUGGUUCUGCUCUACUUUAUCAAAUGACUGUAUUAGUAUCAUGUUGAAAUAGCUUGAAUUAAUACCUUUAUCCCCUUGCAAAUUUGUCUUCCAAUCACCUCACAUAUAUUUUCGUAAUUAGCUAUUUAUGCUACAUUUGUUUGGUUUUUUCCCCCCACUCUGCUUAAAAUUUGAAAGAAAAUUUUAGAUGCCAGUCUUGGUUGCACAAAUAUCCAUAUAUACUUACACACUUUAAAAUGUAUACUGAUUUUCAGUGCUAAUAAUUCUGUAAAGAUACAUCAAAACUGACUGGCUGAAAUAAUGUUUGCUUUUUUUUUUUUUUUUUUUUUUUUUUUAAAGCAAUACGGAGUUUCCACCUUGGACUGAACUUGAAUUCUAUUCCAUUUUUGAAUUUUCAUUUAUUCCUUUUCAGUCUUGAGUGCCCCUCUUCUUUGGGAAUUGUGGAGGGAUAAUCAAUCUUUUAUUAACCGGAUAACACGAGAAAUGAACAAGUCAGAGUGCGGGCUUGUUCCCCCAACCUUGGCAGAGUGGGACAUAGAGCAGAGGGCUUAGAGAAGGGAGGGAUGUCUGUGCUUACAUAUUUUCAAAGUAAUGCCCAUCUUCACAAAGUAUGUAUAACUUACUCCUUUUCAUCCCUUAGAUGUAGAAGGGCUAUCGAUCGCAUACAUUAUCUAAAAAAUACACACCCUUGGAAAAAUUCCUUUUAAAGUCAAUUUUUACCCUGUGUUGCAUAUUUCCUUUACCACGGGCCACUUCUUAGGGACCUAUGAAGUUAAUGUCACAAUCAUUUUGUUUCCCCCCCCCCCUCUUAACAAAAUAGAACUGUGAUGUGUCUUCUUUGUAAGAGUUUAGGUAUAAAAUGCUAUGCAAGUUUUUCUUUAUAGUAAGAGCUUUAUUUUCUUUAAUAAUGUACCCCCAACUUAUAUGUUUUAAUCUCCCUUGUCCCUCACAAUAAGCAGCAAAUAUAACUCAAGUUAUAAUGUUGUAGAAGCAAGAAUCGAAACUGCAGUCAGUUGAGCUGAAAUUAGCUACGAAUUAAUUUGAAUUAAUCCUAAAGUGACUUAGGUUUCCAUUUUAGUCUAUUAGCUAGUAAAUUUUGGCUGUUGCUUUUUUAAAGCUAAUUCCACACAGCGAAGGGACAAGACAGUCUGUGAAGGUGAUCAGUGUAAUAGUAAGCCAUGUAACAUUCAGGACAAUGACAUGGGGUUUUGUGUAUUUUACUGGAUAAUUCCCUUCCACUGUCCUCUUCCCCUUGGCUGUGUAGAUAAAACUAUAUGUUCAAAUGAUGGUACUUUGACUUUUGAGGGUUUUUUUCUCUUCUAUCCACAAAAUAAUCAUUCUCAUGUAUUUCUAUUGUGCGUAUAACCCCCCAGCGCGAUAUUCGGCAGCUGAAACGUUUUUGCUUUGGGCCAAGAAGAUCAAUGUUGGAAGGGUUUCUAUGACGUCUUAUGGGAUUGACAGAAUUAUGACGAGAUAGAAGGUAGUUAUAGGCUUCACUUUGAUCUUGCGCACAGUGUGACAGAGACUACUAAAAUUGAGAUCAAACUCCCACUUGUCGUAGCAUAGCUAGGGCUCUCGCCUACACCAGGACAGAAAGCACAUCAUGGGAUUUGUAAUGUUUUGUAUGUCUUAAGAAGACUGCUGAAUAGCCAACCAUCAAUGUUGGAUUGGGCUUUGACUGGCAUUUUCAGUCAUGGGGGUGUGUUUUGCUGAUACAUCUGCUCUGUAUUGAGCCUCCUUUGCUGUCAUUGUUUCUUAUUUUGAGAUGAGUCAGGAGUCACAGUUGAAUGUACAGGCCAAGUCCAUAAACAAAGCCAUACAUACCAUCUGGCUUAUAAAGAACUUGAUGCUGUUUGACCAAACAAGGUGAUCAGAUCAUAUAGAGCUACAUUCAGAGCUAGGUAACUAUCCCUGUGCAGAGGAAAGUCUAAAGGAAAAGGUACAACCAUGAUCACACAGAUAUUAUUGAUCGUUAUUCACACCCAUGGCUUUCAUUAAUACUUAUUUGUUUGGGGAGAUGUGUUUGAAUAGGGAGAGGCUCUGUGUUUCCCUCAAAACUGUCAAAUGCAUUAACAGCUUGUCGCAAUAGACACCACAGGCAGAGACCAAAAGUGCGUUUCCCUGCUUAGUUUCCUUGUGUGAGAAGUGGAAAACAUUCUAUCCCAUUAGAAAUAAUGCAAUUUCUAAAUAUCUGGAUGUUUGUUGAAAAUGUGUUAGAUACAUUCCCUGAAGUAAAAACAAAAACAAAAAAACCUGUAAUGUGACCAAUCUAGCAAAAGUAUUGAUGACGGAGCUCAUUUUGAGGCUCCAUUUCCUACCAAUGCAAAUCACUAUGGUCUUCGUCAUUUCACAAGAUCACAGCUUACUUCCCCUCUGUGGUGCAGCCAGCCGGACAUCCAAUCCGAACAUAAAUUACUAGGGCUGCCCUAGUUCAGAGAACCUCAGCUGGAAGGCCCAGUGCAACUUUUGACAGUGAAGUGGUUAAUUUCCACUGACAUCUUUGUUUAUAGCAUUUUUUCUUUAAAACCCACCAUGAGGAGACAUUAGAACAUGAGAAGAAUGGUUUUGCCCGUGAUUUACUUUUCCUGCUUAAUGGGAAAGCAGAACAGUUUCCUUGUGCCCCAAAGGGAAACAGAUACAAAAACAGAACAACACAAAAACUACUAGUUCUUAUAGUUCUUAGUCUUUGUCAAAACUGGCCUGAUGUCCUUUUUUUUCUUUUUCUUUUUUUUUUUUUUUUUUUUUUGCCAAAAUACAAAUGAAGAAAGCUAUAGUUUACAUCCUUCUCUGAUUUCUUCAGCAAGGUCAAAAGACAAAAGACAAUUGCUGGCAACAAGGGAUGCUUGUCACAGAUUGUGGGGAGAAAGAUUUAUACAUGCAUGAUACUGUUAUAACAAACUAAUCGGAUUCUUGUGCUAUAGUUUUCAUUUUUUUCUUCUUCUAGUGCACAUCUAUCAGAAGAGCACAAAGCAAGGCCAUCGCAACAGGAAUUUUUAAACUAGUAAAAAUUUACUACAUGCUUGCACACACACACAAAUACACACCGAGGUAUUUAUAAAGAUAACCAUGGGAUGUAAAAUUUAUGACCUUUUUGAGGCAAGGUGAAGGUGUCUCCACUGUCUGUCCCUCAUAGGACCAGUAUAUAUUCACUGAAAGUUAAUCCUGAUGAGUUGUUAUUGUUCGAACCAUAUGUUGAUUUGCUUCUGGUUUAUGUUUAGUGUGUCCUCACUACAAGGGACUGCGAGGGGCUGGAAGAUUCUGCAUUACACAUCCUCUGAGACCUACCAUGUCGCACACUUUGUUAACUACAAACUUCACUCUACACUAUACAGUACCUUGUUGAUAUAUUCAGUAAAGGCUUAUUUUAAAAGAAAACCACACUGUGUUUAAGUUCAUUGGGUUACAGCCAAUACUUGCGUUGUUAAUGUUAAAAAGAAAUGUGGGAUGAUUCCUGAUGAUGUAAGAGGGUGGCAGGGGUGAAGGAAGUAGUAGGAUUUUUCCUUUUCUCCUACUUUGAAGACAACUUGUAUUUUUUUAAGGCCGUUGGACCCUUUUUGUGGGAGGGGUUUACAUGACAUCUUCUUGUUCUUUUCUAUUUCUCCACUAGCUUGUGUGUUCCUAUGAAUAUCUUUUUAGUAUACACACACACAUUAAGCAUGUUGUUUUGUAUUUGUGAAAGCUGUGUUAUUUGGCAUAGAGAUAAAUACCAAUGUAGUUAUCCAAUCGGAAUAGUCUUUGCCCCUAUUUCAUAACAUGCGCUAUUGGUUUUAAAUGUCACUUUUCCUUUAGAAUUUUAUGGUACGUUUCUACUUAUGAUUUGUUUAUAGCUCAUCCACCCAUACUUCCAAUGAGCACUCAUGGAAAAUGUUAUCUAUUCAUAUGCUCCAGUGCAACUCAGAUUUAUCUCAAGGUUUGCCAGAGCCCCUCUUUAACUCUCACUAAUAAUGUACUUGACAUAGAUUAAAUCAGGAAAUAAAAUCACAACACUUCAGUUAACUAGUGUUAAUUAUUUAUAGACUCUCUGUUGGAAAAUUAAGAUGCAAAGCAAUGGUAACAGGUGAUUCAUAUUACAUUUGGGUGAUUUUACGUCGAGAAAUGUCUUGGCAACUCUUAGUUACUUUUACCAAGAAUUACAGACCUUACUCUGUGAAGACCAGACCCUUAUUCAAGGAAUACAAUUCAUUAAAAGAAAAAAAAAAGUUUAUUGAAAUCUUUCUACUUUGUUCCAGGCUCUUGGCUGAGUUCAGAAGUUUCAGAGAAGAAUAAAAUACAGUCUUAGGCAAAUUAAGCAUAUCUUCUACUUCCCUAUGUUCCUAAAGAAAUCUAUCCACCCAAAGUAUUUUCUACAUGUAUUUUCUAUAGAGUACUAUGUUAGGUUCUUCUGGGAAUUCGGAGAAAACUAUGACUCUCCUGCUAAGGAGCUCAAAGUUUCGACAAACUCAUUUUCUAACACAUUCCAGAGUCUCAGAGACCAUGUAAUGACUUUACAUUCUCUCAAACUCAGCGGAGUAACAAAAGAAAAAAGAAACAUAUGUACUUCAUGGUAAAUUUGAUGAUGCAUUUGUUGUAUAUAUUAGAUGAUCUUGAUGUUUAAUAGAUGACACAAAGUGAUAGUGCAUUGAUAAAAUUAGGAUUAAAUUUGAAUUAAAAGUUUCAAACAUAUACUACGUACUUGAACAUUUAGGAAUUGUGUUUGGUAAUUAGACAUGCAACCUUAAAUUUCCAUUUGGACUUGAAUAUAAAUCAAAAACAAUAAUAAAUAGCACCUGACAAUUAUUGAGCACCUAUGUAAGACCAUAUUUAGGAUGCUUUAAUACACGUGGUCACAUUUUGUCUUUAACCAUAUAAGGUACUUUAUCUUUAUUUUUCAGAUUGUAAAACUCUGCUUCCCAAGAAGUAUGGUGAUUGGUCCAUGGUCACAAAACCUGUAAAUGACAAGAGUAAUUACAGGGAAUUAACCCUAAACAUGACUCUUAAGACGCUUAACUAUUUCUUGUCUCUUAAUAAAUUGACUAGCUUUAAGACUAACUAGCCUUCAGGACAACUUCUUUAUCACUGGUUAAAAUUUGUGAUGAUGGAGAUAUCACAACUUCGCUCAAUGGAUGUAAUAUACUGAUUAUUGUUCGCGAUAAGGGAACAUUCUAAAAAUCCCCAAAAUACUUUUAAAUCUCUUGGUUACCCAUCCUUAUUUUUUUAAUAGAAAUUCUGUUUGUUAUUAUCGGGUGGCUGCACAUUUAUCUGAUUUGAAAGCUUCAGAUGGAAUCAAGAUAUGUGUAAACCCACAGGGUGAGCUGAAAGGACUAUUAAAAGGACUUGAGUCAGAUUAUUUUUAGUAAUGAAUUUGUUUCAUACUUGAAAGGUUGCUCGAAGUAUUUUGUAGAUCCUGUUGAAGAUGCUCAUAUGUCAGAAUCUAUUAGGGCCUUAGCAAACGGGCUUCUGAAUUUAUGCUUUUUAUUUUUUUUUCAUAGCACAAAUAGAAAAUGUGUGCUUUAGAGGAUAUUAUAGGAGCUUUAUUUUCAGCAGUUAUACUGACAGUUACAGAUAAAGAAUUGGUACACUCUAAAACAGAUGCCUUUUUAGUGCACACUCCAACUGAUGAGCCCAUUUGUCCAUUGUCUUGGUAUGAAGUCUAAACUAAAUGAAAAAUAAAUUAUUUCCUUGA